AUGCGGGUUACUCGCUCCAUGAUGUCGACGACGACGUCCGACAAGCCUGCAGCGCAUGUAAAACCAACGAAAGCAACAUCAAAGAACAAGAUUCAAGAAUCGACAUCCUCAACACUCAAGUCUUCCUUUCCAGUCUCAAAGUCGACUAAUGCAUCGAAGAAAAGAAGGAAGUCUGCUAUUCAUGAGAUUGAUAUCGAUGCACUUCCCCACAAUCUUGGCAAGCCCGCUACACAAAUCACCCGGGAUGCACUGGACGUCCCGCAGGAUAUCAAGACCAAGACAGCAUCUCAACCUCAAACAAAACGAAUCAAACUGGAAAAUGGGUCACAAGAAGCUGAAACAGAAGAUGUUGAUCUCGCCAAAAAAAUUAAAAAAGCCGCUGCUAAAUACGGCCUAACACCCGGAGUCAGUCCAUUUCCGGAUUUUCCACAUCCCACAGCCCAGGAAUGCGAGGAAGUCAAUCGACUUUUAUCAACUGUGCAUGGAGAAGUCAAAAUUCCGACCAAAGUGCCUCAGCCGUCACUCACAGUAACUGGGUGUGGCGAAGUUCCCUCCGUACUAGACGCAUUGAUCCGCACUCUCCUCAGCGGUGCCACUACAGGUGCCAACUCUGCGCGAGCGUUCAAGGGUCUCGUCGAAAGAUUCGGCAUCCUUGAAAGCGGUAUCGGAAAGGGGAGCGUGGACUGGAACGCAGUGCGCAUUGCGCCUAUUAAGGAAGUGUUUGAGGCGAUGAAGAGUGGUGGUCUGGCGACUACCAAGAGCAAAUACAUCAAGGAGAUUUUGAGUAUGGUCUAUGAAGAGAAUUUGGCUCGCAAGGCGGCGCAUCUAAAAUCGGAAGAGGAACCUGGGACCUCCGGGACGGCUGGUGCAGACCACGAGUCCAAGGCGCAGAAAGAAGUAGAGAUCGCACUAAAAGAUGAGAAUGUGUUGUCUCUGGACUGGAUUCAUGCUCUGGACAAAGAAGAGGCAAUGCUUGAACUCAUCAAAUACCCUGGCAUCGGACCCAAAACCGCCGCUUGCGUGGUGCUAUUCUGCCUCCAGCGCCCUUGUUUCGCUGUCGAUACACAUAUCUUUCGCAUAUGUAAAUGGCUAGGCUGGUUACCAUCGUCAGACACGAAAAAGGUCACCGAAAUUAUGGCUUUUAGUCAUUUGGAGGUUCGGAUUCCGGAUCAUUUGAAGUAUGCGUUGCAUCAAUUGUUGAUCAGGCAUGGGAAGAGUUGUCCGCGGUGCAAAGCGAUUACGGGGGAGAAGAGUGAGGGGUGGGAGAAUGGGUGUGUUAUUGAUCAUCUCGUGAAGAGGACUGGGAAGAGAAAGGGUGGUUUUUAG